AUGGAUGAGACAAAUGCGUUCACCGAUCUUUCAAUAGGUGUAGUGGGGUGGGAUGGACCAGGCGAUUCUCGGAACCCAAGGAAUUUUGCGCCCUCGCGGAAAUGGCUACUCUUAUCCUUUGUGAGUAGCAUUACGUUUCUAAGUCCUUUAGCAUCCUCUAUCAACGCUCCCGGUGUUCCUCUGAUGAACCAGGAGUUCCAUAAUACGCCGAGUAUUCUCAGCUCUCUCGUCGUUAGCAUCUUUGUCCUUGGCUUUUCGGUUGGGCCUCUUGUUUUAUCCCCGUUAAGCGAAAUAAACGGCCGUCAACCAGUGUUGAAUGCUGCUAAUAUCUUCUUGACGGCAUGGCAGAUAGGCUGUGCUCUCACUCCGAGCGUGGGCGCAUUGAUUGGCUUUAGAUUCCUGGCUAGAGUAGGCGGCUCAGCAUGCCUAACAAUUGGAGGAGGAAUCAUUUCUGAUCUUUUCCCCAUCGCUCAGCGCCGCCGUGCAAAUGCGGUGUUUUCCAUCGGGCCGCUGUUUGGGCCCGUGAUUGGGCCAAUCAUCGGAGGUUUCAUCGCUGAGCGUGCUGGCUGGAGAUGGGUAUACUGGGUUCUCCUCUGUGCCUGUGGUGUCGUUACUUUAGGCAAUGUUGUCUUGAACUCAGAGACGAAUCCAGUUGUCCUCAUCCGCCGAAAGACUGAAAAGCUACGAAGAACUGAGUCGCCCGGAACUCCACCCAUUCUCUUGUUGCUUGCCGUCUAUAUGUCCUUCGUCUUUGGCAUGCUAUAUCUUCUCUUCACGACCUUGACCUCUUUGUACGAGGGGGUGUAUCAUUGGCCGCCUAUCUUGGAAUGGGGGGUGGGGUUUCUGCUCGGGCUCAUUGUCGUUGCGAAAACGUCAGAUGCGACAGUAGUCCGCCUCACGAAGGCCAACAACAACGUUUACGAGCCGGAGAUGCGUCUGGCCAGCAGUGUCAUUUUCGCUUUCUUGAUACCAGUCAGUUUCUUCUGGUACGGCUGGACAGCGGAUAAGCACGUACACUGGAUUGCGCCACUAAUCGGUCUGGCUCCUUUUGCGUUUGGAAUGAUGGGGAUCUUCUUACCGAUUCAGACAUACUUCAUUGAUGUUGGCGGGGCAUAUGCGGCUUCAGCUGUGGCUGGUCUGACCACGCUUCGAUGCCUAUUUGGAGCCUUCCUGCCUCUUGCAGGACCAAGUAUGUGCUCGACGUUGGGCCUAGGUUGGGGAAACUCACUGCUAGGGCUUUUGUCGCUCGGGCUGAUCCCAGCACCAGCGCUCAUUUACCGAUAUGGAGGGCUUGUCCGGAAGAAGUUUCCUAUUACCUUGGGUUGA